AUGGGCGCCGACGAUCUUGGGAUGUUGAAAGAGGGCGUGGAGGAGACCCUUGAAGAUAACUUGCGGAGACAAUUGCUAGAGAAGGAACGGGAGAAUGACAAACUGCGCACUCAGGUUCAGAGUCUACAAACACAACUAUCGCAACGACCACCUUUGGAAGAAGUCCAGGAGCUACAAAAGGAAUACAGGAACUUAGAACUCAUACUGGAAGGCACGAUGAAGGAGAACAAGCGUGCAAUGGAUGAAUUGCAGAAAGGGAAGGAUCGAGAAAGACUCUUAGAGAAGGAGCUCACGAAGAUCGCCGGUGAUAACUGGCAGUCCAACCUGGAGAUUCCAGCCAUGGCCACCCCAUUCGCGCCGAGGACGGCUGCUUCGUUCUUUCAACAACCCGAUGCAGCGCCCGCGGCACCGAAAGAAGGCGCCAGCGCUGCUCAAAUUGAGCAAGUUCGCCUGCUCAUUCUCGGUAUGGAGCAACGUAUGGCGGCCCGAGAAGAAGCGCUCAAGAAGGAGAUCGCGCGCGCGGAAGAAGAGGGCAAGAACUUCAAGGAGCUCGGUCGACAGGUAAUGUCGGCUAAGUGA